AUGGGUUCAGCAGCACUGGAUACUUUACCAUUAUUGAUACAAAUCAUUGAAAAAAGCCAUUCAUAUUUAGUGAAACAAUACUGUUGUGAAGCCCUGGGAACUAUCCAAGUAAAUGAGCAACAUUAUUUUGACACGGUCGUAUCAUGUUUGACAAAUGUUCUUGCGGAUCGAGAUCAACUGGAAGAUCCUAAAGAAGCAUCCCAUAUGAGAUUUACGGCUGCAUUAUCCUUGGCUAAACUUGGCGUCAAAGCAAUACAAGCAAUACCUAGUCUAAAAGAAGCACUCUAUCUGGAUAAAAAUCGAUAUGUGAAUGCAAACGCAUUAUUAGCUUUGAAAAGAAUCGGAACAGAUGAAGCGUUAAAAAUUGUUUUGCAUUAUCUUGAAAUGUCACGAUGGUGCGCAAAGACAACAGCUGCUAGUUUAUAUUAG